CACCUCCAAAAGUACAACAUUUUCAGCUCAACCUCACCAUAAGAAAACAAACACCUCACCACACUGAAUCCAGCCUCUUCACCAUAUCUUCUUUUCCUUCUUUACAAUCCAAAAAUAUCACCUCCGAUCUCUCUCCGCCGUCCACGGCGUUCCGCCACCGUACACUGCCGUUGCUCCAAAAAAUGGGAGGAAAUAACCGAAAAAGAUCCAACAAACCGAAAAACCGGAAACCGAGAAACCCGACUAAUUCGGGUUCUGGUCGGGGCUUGUUCGUUGAAGGUGGAGUGUUGUCCGAUUGGGACGAUUUCAAUUCUCCUCCUUCAGGGAGAAAUUUGAAGAGUGAAAAUGUUAAAUCAAGGAAUCGUAAUGCAGCUGUUAGUAGCUCGAAGAAUGCUUCGGGUUCGACAAGCGAACCGAAGAGAAGUAGAAGAAAUGAGAUCCGUUAUGUGUAUCCUUCUGCAGAUUCAGUGAUAGGUUCAGAUGUGGAACAUAGUGGAGGAAAAGAUAACAAGUUGGAUUUGGAACAUCCUAUUGUUUUGGUUGAUACAAAGGAAACUCAAAUUGUUGCCUUCGUAGAUGAAGGCCCAAGUAAGGAACCUCAAAAUGAAGGAUAUAUUUAUGAUUGCACUACCCCUUUAUCUCUAGACGUCAGACAAAAUAAAGAUUCUAAUGAAGCUGGCUAUGCUGGAGAUUAUAGUGCUGGUUUCUCACUGGAUGAGAGUUCGCACAGAGGAUUGGGAUUCUAUGAAGAAGCAGAAACAACACAUGGAGGAGUUGAAUUUUCAUCCAAGGAAGAGAAGGAAAAUCCUUCUUUUGAGUCUUCAUUUUCUGAUGAGGAUAUGGGUGCUGAUGGUGGCUUCCUUGGUGGUGCCAGCAUCGGGAAGGACGACCACCUGCCAGCUGAGAUGUCAUCGUCUGUAGAAAAUGAGGGAUUUUUGUCUAUUGGGGGGCUUAGACUAUACACUCAAGAUGUAUCAGAUGAGGAAAGUGAUGGUGAUGGUGAAGACAUUUCAUCUGAGGAUGGAAGUUCUUGUUCGUCAGAAUCUGAGGGAUCAUCUGAAAGUGAUGGCUCGUCUGAUAGUGAUUCGGAUGUUGAUGAAGAGGUUGCUGCAGAUUAUUUCAAAGGCACUGGUGGAAUGUGCGAUGUUAUUGAUGUUAAACAGUUGGUUGGACAAGUUCCUAGUAGCUGUUCUGAUGAUAGCUUAGAUGAAACCGUGGAGAAGUUGGGUGGAAUUGAUCUUCAGGAGGCUUCUAGAGAGUAUGGGAUGAAGAAGACUCAAAAAGAGAGAAAGUACCGAGGAGGUCAGAAAUCUACUUCUGCUAAGCAAGCCCGGGGAUCUGAUUUGGAUGACCUUAUGUUUUUAAAGGACUCGAGAACAGUUUCAGGGAAAAAGAAACAUGCAGCCAAAUUUCCUCAGUCAUGGCCAUUUGAGUCUCAUAAGAGUAAAAAUUUUGGGAGGAUUCCAGGUGCUAAGAAGAAACAUCGUAAGGAGAUGAUGGCUUUGAAGCGUCGAGAGAGAAUGCUCCGCCGAGGUGUUGAUCUUCAGAGAAUAAAUUCAAAACUGCAACAGAUGGUUUUGGAUGGAGCUGAUAUGUUCUCUUUCCAACCAAUGUAUCCACGUGAUUGUUCUCAGGUUCAGAGAUUAGCAGCAAUAUACCGCCUGCGAAGCGGUUGUCAAGGUUCUGGCAAGAAGAGGUUUGUGACAGUUACCAAGACACAACAUACGGCUAUGCCAUCAGCCAGUGAUAAAAUUCGUUUGGAGAAGUUGAUAGGCGCUGAUGACGAGGACUCUGAUUUCACAGUCACCGGUUUACCAAGUCAUAGAAUGGAUGUAAAUGCAGCCAAGAACUUUUCAAAGGGUAGUGGUGGACAAUCUGGCCCAAGCAAAGUGUUUAAAACCCCGGUAAAUCCACGUGGGCAAAAAGACACCAGCAAGAAAAGAAGGGAUCAGAAAACAGGCUCCUACGCGGCUCUUCCUGUCUCCUUUGUUUCAAGUGGUAUCAUGCAUUCUGAAACAGAAGUUGAGGAAAAAUCAAUUGAAGCAACCCAAACAACCACCGUCGUCCAUGAAACAAAGGUUGUGACCAACUCAAUCGAAUACGGUGCAUUUGAGAUGCACACCACAGGUUUUGGCUCGAAAAUGAUGGCAAAAAUGGGUUAUCAAGAAGGUAGAGGUUUAGGUAAAGACGGACAGGGCAUUGCAGAGCCCAUCGAAGCACGCCAACGGCCAAAAGCUCUUGGUUUGGGAGCUGAAAUCCCAGAAACAAGUAGUAUAUCAUCAGGAAAGAAGGAUUCUCUACCCAAAUCAGCUCUUCUUCCAGGUGCCGAAGUUGUCGGUAGAAGCGGGAAGUCCAUCAGGAAGGAAGAGUCUCCUUCAUCUGUUGGAUUUGCAGGAUUUGAGAGGCAUACAAAAGGAUUUGGAUCAAAGAUGAUGGCAAAGAUGGGUUUUGUUGAAGGCAUGGGACUUGGGAGAAAUUCACAAGGCAUAACUAAUCCUUUAGUUGCUGUUAGACGUCCUAAAUCCCAAGGACUAGGUGCCAAAAGAUGAAAAAAAAUCACACUAAUUACCUUUCAAUUAGGGAAAGAAAUGUUCAUAUUUCCCAUCUUGAUGUAGAUUAUGUUAGAACAACAGCAUAUCCAGUGUAGUUCCACGAGUGGGAUCUGCGGAGGGUGGUAAAGAGAGGCUAUUUCCGAUAAACCUUGUUAUAUGUUCUUCUAUGACUGGACUAAUUAGUUGGGACUUAGUAGGUUGUCCUGAAGCCUAUGUUUUCAGUGGCUGUUUUAUCUAGAUAAUAAAUCAUAGUAACUAGGACUCGAUUUUUCAUUUUCUUGGUACAUUGAAUUGUUGACAUUGGUGUUAAUAUAGUUAGGGAUGGACAUUCGGUUUGAUUGUUGAA